UAUUUGUGCACGAAACAUUUAUUUUUGAAAAAUACUCUCCUAAUAGGAGACGGCUUGGUUAGCAGCCGCGAUUUCUAAAGUUAAAGUUGAUGGUUAUUUUAUAAAAGUGACGUAUAUUGUCAUGAUUACACACAGUUUCACUUAGUAAAAUAGGUGCUAUGAAUUUCUCGGAGCUGUUUAGACAGUCAAACCAGAUAUGCAAAUUUUCCCCAGAUGGGAAAUAUUUGGCGUCUGUUGUAGAGUUCAGACUUGUGAUAAGAGAUGUUGAUUCAUUUCAGAUUCAGAAUUUGUUUACAUGUAUGGAUACCAUACAACAUGUAGAAUGGUCUGGUGACUCUCAGUUUAUCCUUUGUGGACUGUACAAGCGUGGACUGGUUCAGGUCUGGUCACUGGAACAACCUGACUGGAAAUGUAAGAUAGACGAGGGUUCAGCAGGACUCUGUGCUGUAAGAUGGAGUCCUGACAGUCGGCAUAUUCUGACCACUGCAGAUUUCCACCUCCGUAUCACAGUAUGGUCACUUGUUACAAAAUCUGUUUCAUACAUCAGAUAUCCUAAACAGUGUCAGCAAAAUAUUAGUUUCUCAGGGGACGGCAGGUAUAUGGCCCUAGCAGAGAGACGAGACUGCCAAGAUUUUAUCAGCAUCUUUGACUGUAGUUCGUGGGAGUUGUUGAAGCAUUUUGAGAGCAGUACAGAUGAUCUAGCAGGAUUACAGUGGUCUCCAGAUAGCACAGUACUCUGUGUAUGGGACACACCUCUCAAUUAUCUAGUGCUUCUCUACUCUGUGGACGGGCGCUGUCUCGCAAAGUACAGUGCUUAUGAAUAUGCUCUUGGUUUGAAAACACUAGCAUGGUCUCCAACAAGCCAGUUUCUAGCUAUCGGCAGUUAUGAUGGCAAAUUAAGACUUCUUAAUCAUGUUACAUGGAAGACUAUCACAUCUUUUUCUCAUCCUGAAACUUUGAAUGAGAACUCGGCUGUAGUCUAUAAAGAAAUAGAAACACGUACACCUCAGCCUGUAAAGAGUGACCUUACAGACAUUCCAACUACCGCCUUGUUUUCUCCACAGAGUAAAUAUGAAGUUCAAACAUGUCCGGUAAGUAUACCCAUUGUAAAGCCUGACACAAACAAAGCUAAUCCAAAAAGAGGUGUAGGAAUAGCGGCCUUUAGCAAUGACUGUAAAUAUAUGUUCACAAGGAAUGAUAAUAUGCCUCAUACAUUGUGGAUUUGGGACAUUCAGAAGCUUGCAGUUUGUGCAGUUGUAAUCCAGUCUGCUCCUAUAAAACAUGUAGAAUGGGACCCAGUCAAGACUAGACUGGCUCUCUGCACUGGAGUGAACAAGCUGUACAUGUGGUCCCCGGCUGGAAGUUUGUGUGUGGAGGUACCAGUAGAGGGAACAUUCCAGGUGCAUUCGUUAAAGUGGCACCCUCAUGGUGGAUCAUUAUUGUUACUAGGAAAGGACAUGAUGUGCAUCUGCUAUUUAAAUGAUGUUGAAAAUGAUGUCGCAGAUUCAGAAGGGUGACAUAUCUGCUGUUUACGCAAUGAUGAAAAUGACACAUCCCCGAUUCUGAAGAGUGAUAUAUCUACUAUUUGAAUGAUGUUGAAAGAGAUGUAGCAUAUUCUGAAGGGUGACAUUCUGUGAUAUUUAUAAGAUAUUUAACAUUCCAUUUAGAGAUGUUAUUCCAUAUAUACAUGACUGAUAAUGACACAUUACACCAGUGCUAGCUUUAGGUGUAAAAUAGUGUCUUACAUGUAGUUAUAGACUUUAAAGUGUUUAGAUUGCUUAGUUAUUUCAGGUAUUUAGAAUAUUAAUAUUUAUAAUAAUGAUGCCUCUUGUUUUCUUUGUAACAUAACCAUAUUUCUGUAUAAGUAAUAUUAUAUUCAAUAGUAUAUUCCAAAAACAUCCUAUUCAUAGCGUGGCAAAUUUUUUAACAAGUUGAAAGAUAUAAAAUAUUAUAUCAGAGAUGAUCAAAGCUUUAGUCUGUGACAUGAUGAACAUGUUUUAUAGUUCUAAUGGAAAAGAAAGGAAAGAAAGACACAUGUAAACACUUGCUUACCUUUAAAUUUAUUUAUAGAUCUAAGGGAUAUAUCUGUAUACAUUUAUAAGCCAUAUAUAUAAUAUAAACAGGUAGUUGCAAAGUAUAAAUUUUUGAAUUCUUGAAGAACAAUUUGUGUCCUACACUAUGAGAUACAUUUACUAGUAUUACAGUAUAGAUGUACAGUAUGUUUUAAUGUAUUUGUUUACAUACAUGUACUAGUUACUAAAAUGCUAUGUUUUUGCAUUAUUUUCAUUUUUGAGAUAAAUGAAUGUAUUUGAAUAGCUCAAGCUAUGUUUAAUGCUAAUGUUAAAUUAUACAAUGUAUAUAGAUGUACUAACACUAACAAUCUUUCUAAUUAAUCUUUCCAAACCAAAUCCUCAGUAUAUUAAUAAUUUCACUGUACCAUGUCUUGCAAGCCUAUACAAUUUAUUGCCACUUGUGUACCCUGUCUUGUGAUUACAAACACAUGCUACUUCUGAUCACUGUACCUUACUUGGGAGUUUAUAUAUAUUAACUUAUACCGUUAUUACCAUAACAGGAAGUUAACAUGUUUAUAUAUAUACUCGAUAGCAGGAAGUA